AUGGGUUGGUUCACCAUCCACACACCACUAAGAGUCCGGACUCAGAGGUCGAAAGCCCAGAAGAUGUCCAUUGGGACCUUUCUGGCUGAUGAAACCUAUGGCUCCUGGGCGGAUGAGAUGGAGGAUAAUCCUAUCCCAUUGCCGUCUUACGCACCCCGUUCUGGUUAUGGCGGAGAACGUAACACCUAUGGAACAUCUGGUGGUUAUGCUCAAGAGCAUACUGAGCGUAGCUACCACACGAGGGAAGAACUCCCUAUGCCAACCCAACCUCCAUACACCGCACAUAUCGGUAACCUUUCCUUCGAGGCCACCCAGGCCGAUAUCCAGGAGCUCUUCGCUGAGUGUGAGGUUACCAGUGUUCGCAUUGUAGAGGACAAACUUACCGGAUCCCCCAAAGGCUUUGGCUACGUUGAAUUUGCCUCUGUAGAUGGCCUCAAGAAAGCACUCACAUUCCAGGGUACCUCACUUCAGGGACGAAAUAUUCGAGUGAGCAUCGCGGAACCUCCCAAGGAUCGACAUGAAGCUAGAGAUCUCAGCGACUGGACUCGAAAGGGCCCGCUCCCAGAGCUCCCGGGCCAAAGACGUGUUUCAGACCGAGCUGGUUUUGGCGGCCCUGUUUCUGAAGUUGGAAGUGAUCGCGUUGGCCGACGUGGCUAUGAAGCAGCUAACGACGGUAGGUCGCGCGACUUUUCCAACUGGGAGAGAAAAGGACCUCUUUCUCCUAGCCUCCAGAACCCUCCCGCCAGGGAAGGCCGCCCCAACAGCAAGGAAGGCCCUCAGUUCCGCAGAGCCUCCCCUGCCUGGGGCGAAGGCCGCUCACAAGAUGGUUCUCGACCACCCCGCCGAGAAUUUACUGAGCGUCCUGUCCCAGAAAGAGCUCCAACUGCACCAGAGCUCGAUAACCAAUGGCGAGCUAGAAUGCGACCAGAUGCGCCUGCUCAGCCGGAAACUCCUGUUGAGCCACCAACUCCAACAACUGGUGCAGCCCCUGCUCCUGGGUCGAGGCCAAGACUCAACCUGCAAAAGAGGACGAUUCCUGAGCCAGAGGGGACUGCAACGCCCCCAGCGGCUACUGAAACUAAGUCUAGUAUCUUUGGAGGCGCUAAGCCUAUCGAUACUGCCUCCAGAGAGAAGGAAGUGGCCGAGAAGAGGGAAUUGGCCUUACAGCAGAAGAAAGAGGCUGAUGAGAAGGCCAAGGCUGAGCGCAUAGAGAAGCAGAAGGCAGAAAAGGCCGCUAAGGAAGAGGCCGAGAAAGCAGAGGCAAACGGUGCAAAGGAAGAUACCCCAGAAGGGGAAAAAUCUGUCGAAAUUCUUAGACGCGAAGAAGGUGAAGAGAAAGCUGCUGCUGACGGUGAAAAGGGAACUGGCGCACAGAAGGCUGACAGUGGCCCGGAAAAGAGCCGCCCACAAUUACAAAGCCGUACGAGCAGUGGCUGGCGAAAUGGCGGCGGACGAGGCCGUGGUGGCCCACCUCACAGCCGCGGGGGGUCUCGCAGCACUUCUCACCGUGGCCCACCAGCCGAAGCCGCAUCUCCGGCCUCGCCUGCUACCCCAGACGAAGAUGGAUGGAGCACCGUCAGCGCCAAACAAAAGAACGUCCGCCGUGGAAACCAGUACAAUCGUGGCCAGGCUUCCUAA